AUUUAUAGAUAUCUUAUUGUUAUGUCUUUUAAAUGAUGGCUCAAAUACAAAUGAUUUUCACAAAAUAGAUUUCGUAUUUGUAAAUAUAUAUUUUCAUCUUCAUAAAGUCUGUUUGUUUUCAUAAUUUUUUGUUUUUUUUUUUUCUUCGAUUUUAAUAAUAAUAAUUUUUUUGAUUUCUGUUCCAAAUUGUUUGUUGUUCUGUGUUUUGUGUUUGAAUUAAAUUGUUCGAAUGUGUUUCGCAAAGGCCACAGUAUUUCAUUCAAUGCACCUUCGACAAUUUUAUUUUGGAACAUAUAAUCAAGUCAAAUUCAGGUAGUUUCAUUUCGUGGCGCACAUAAUACACAAUUGACAAUACAAAAAAAGUAAUACGCAAUCAAACGGUUGUGAUUUGAAAUCAAAUGGAUGUGUGUGUUUUUUUUUCAUUGGUUUACCAUAGCCAUUUGUAAGAAAUCGGUUUUAAUUUUGACCGUUCAACUCUUCCAACAAAUUCAUAUGUAAAGAUUCUUGCUUGAUGACACCAAAUUAUAAUAUAAAAAGAAAACGUGACAAAAGAGCUAAAGAAAUAUGAUAAAAAUUAAUGGUUGCGUCGUUGGGUGAUAUGCAUGUUUUUGGCAAGAUUCGAGCUACAUGAUUAGACCGAGAUGGUAGUUUUCGUUGAAGUACGUGUUCCGCUAAAGCGGCAAACACACUUUCCAUACUAAUCUAUGAAGUGUGUGUGUGUUUGGUGAAGACAAGAUAAAAUUUUGUGUUUUUCUUUUUAUAUUAUUAUGUUGUUGCUGCUUGAAAAUCAAAUCAUAUGACAAAUAAAAAGAAUUCCGUUCAAAUAAUUGUAUUGAACCACCAAUGCUUGAACUCCUGUUUAAAUGAAGAAAAUAAAAGGAAAGAGAAUCGAAUUGUUUAAUGUUUUUUUUUUUCAUAAAUAAUCUCUUCGAUAGUUCUCUUCGAGACGAUUCUCUUUUAGUUUUAGAUGGUACGACUUAACUUUAAUAGCCUUCAACCCUGUGUCUGGAUUGUUUUCUAAUCAUCCUCCAAUCUGUACCUGCACUAAUGAUCUUUUUUUUACCUACACACACAAAAUUUGACAAUUAAAGUUUAUAUCAGAUACGCAUAAACAAUACAUUUACAUUAUUUCUGUAGACUUACCACCAAAAGAUGUCUCAUUAUAUACGAUCGAACGUCUGAAGAAUGUAGGCAGUUGUGUUUUGAUGUUCAACACGAAAACUACUUUAAAUUGUGAACGUCACUUGAAAUUUUUUUAAACUGUAGAGAAUUCGAAUGAGAAAAAGUCAAUAUAAUAUACGGACAAUUAAGUGAUUGCAGCAAAUUCGCAGCUAUUGAGAAAACAAAUAUCAAAAUUUCAUCAUUUGAAAAUGAUACUAACCGAUUUAAAUAUUGACUGCCUCGAAGGAAUUUUGGAGCAUUUGAAAUAUCAAGAUCUUCUUAAUGUUGCUGAUUCAAAUGGAAGACUGCGUCAUGCUUCGAAAUUUGUCUUUGUUGAGAAAUACGCCAACUAUGAAUUUAAGUUCGAUUCUGACGCAAACUGUAGAGACAAAGAUGUAUAUCCGUCUAGGCUAGGUAAAUUAAAUAUCGAGGAUUUAAAAACUGUUCUGCAAACACUGCGUAUCUUUGGGAGUCUAAUAACCCGAAUAGAUUGUAUUGUUAUGGAGAGGCCAUAUAUCACCGACUACAUAAAUGAAUUUUGCAGUGAAACCGUUAGUGACAUUCGAUUUGUGAAGUGGAGAGAUGGCGGUUUGAAUUAUUUUUUUAAAAAAUCAUUCACAAGGACAAAAACUGUUUGUAUUGUAUCAAAUGGUUCAAACGAACAAAAUAGUAAACUGGCAGAAAUAUUUCCAAGAAUGCAAAAUUUAACAUUGUAUGCGAAGUGUUCAUCAUUUAUGCAUAGUGGAUAUAUUGUCAAUCAUUUUCCUCACUUGGAAUACUUCAAAAUAACUCCUAUCUGUUUAGGUAACUACAUAAAGGACACUGAAUGUUUCGAAGUUUUGAGAAAUUUUUUGAAAUUGAAUCCACAACUAAAAUACCUGUUCAUGGAUUGCAACGAUCAUGCAGCGAUGGAUAUUCUUCAAGUUUUUGCUGAAAAUGAGCGGAAAUCUAAACAUCUUGAAUUGCGAAAUUACCAUUCCAAUUUUUCAAAUAUCAGAGAAAAAAUCUAUUUAAGGAACGUCAAACAAUUUACCAUUGCGGUUAGAUAUAUUGAGAAGAUCCCGUUUUUAUUUGAUCAGCUGGAAACAUUCGAAAUUGAUUCGUGGUAUCCAUUACCAUGCAUCUAUGAUUUUUUGCAGAAUAAUUCAACGAUAAAAAAAUUGAAAAUAUGUAUCAACGAUUUGGAUUAUUCAAAAUUGAUUUCUAUUUUGCCGUUAGUCGAAGAAAUUACAGACCAAUCUAAUAUAUCUGUUGAUGCCGUAUUUCAUGUCAUAACUAUGUUCAAAUAUUUGAAAUACUUUUGCUUUAUGAAUCGUGAAAGUGAACAAUUUAAGGCACGCCUAAAUGAUGGCUGGUCAAUUCAAAAUCGCGAAAAAAUUUAUCGAUCAGGUGUCAAUCGCGAAAAAGUCACUUUAAAACGUCAAAUGUAA